AUGUGCCAUGGAGGUGACUUCACCGCCGGAAACGGCACUGGAGGAGAAUCGAUCUACGGUUCCAAGUUCGCUGACGAGAACUUCAUCAAGAAGCACACCGGUCCAGGAAUCUUAUCCAUGGCGAACGAUGGACCCGGAACCAAUAGAUCUCAGUUCUUCAUCUGCACUGCCAAGACUGACUGGCUCGACGGGAAACACGUCGUGUUCGGUCAGGUUGUCGAUGGAUUGAACGUUGUGAGGGAUAUUGAGAAGGUUGGAUCUGGCUCUGGCAAGACCUCUAAGCCUGUUGUGAUCGCCGAUUGUGGACAACUGUAG